CAUUCACACACUCAGAGUCUGUAGUGUUCAUCAAAUUAUCAAUCUCCACCAGAUAAGAAAACGACUAAGAAAAACAAAUGGCAGAUGUUGUAGUGAUCUCUGAGAGCAUUAUUCGACCCGACGAAGUAUCGGAUCGGGUAAAGAUCCAUCUCACCCCUUGGGAUCUCUUUUUCCUUGGAUCCGAAUACCCACAAAGAGGUCUUCUCUUUCCACAACCCGACCCGGAAACCCAAAUAAUCUCUCAGUUGAAGUCCUCUCUUGCCGCUGCUUUGAAGAUUUUCUACCCAUUCGCGGGUCGUCUAACCAAGAUCAAGAACGAAGAUGAAACGGUGUCGUUCUGCAUCGAUUGCGAUGGUUCAGGCGUCAAAUUCGUCCACGCGUCUGCUAAAACCGUUUCGGUCAGUGAUGUUUUAGAACCGGCUGGUGGUAACGUCCCCGAUUUCUUGGAUCGUUUUUUUCCGGCGAACGGUGUUAAGAGCUGUGAAGGGAUCUCGGAAUCGUUGAUCGCGUUCCAAGUAACGAAGUUAAAAGAUGGAGUCUUCAUCGGAUUUGGUUAUAACCAUAUGGUUGCAGACGGGUCUUCCUUUUGGAAUUUCUUCAACACUUGGUCGCAGAUUUGCUCCACCGGAAAAAAUUUCUCACCUUUGCUUCUCCGUGGGUGGUUUCUCGACGGGAUUGAGUACCCGAUUCGAAUUCCGAUCUCGGAGACGGUAUCAUCACCGAUUCGGGUUGUUCCUUCAUCAUUGUUGCAAGAGAAGGUUUUUCGAUUCACGAGUAGAAACAUCUCUGAGCUCAAAUCGAAAGCCAACGGAGAGGUGAGUCCCGAUGAUCGGAAAAUUUCAUCGCUUCAAGCGAUUUCGGCGCAUAUGUGGCGAUCGAUAAUCAAAAACAGUGAUCUGAAUCCGGAGGAAGUGAUUCAUUGCAAGUUAUUGAUGGAUAUGCGACGAAGACUAAACCCUCCGCUCGAAAAAGAGUGUUUUGGAAACGUGGUCGGAUUCGCGACGGCGACAACAACCGCCGGAGAAAUGCUUAGCAAUGGGCUGGGUUGGGCUGCUUUGCAAAUAAACAAAACUGUGGGGUCUCAAACGAAUGAAGAAUUCAGAGUUUUCGCUGAGAAUUGGGUGAAGAAGCCGAUAAUACCGAAUCAUGUGGCUGUGAGUAGCAAUUCUAUCAUUGUCGCUAGCUCACCUUGGUUCAAUGUGUUUGGGAAUGAUUUCGGUUGGGGUAAACCGAUUGCGGUUCGAGCUGGACCGGGUAAUACCAGCGAUGGUAAACUCAUUGUUUAUCCGGGAAUUGAUCAAGGAAACAUCGAGAUCCAAACGUGUUUAUCGUCCCACGUUUUGGAGAAAUUAUCGACUGAUGCUGAGUUUUUAAAGCAUGUAUGUGUUGUAUAAGUAAAUCAGUCGCAGUCGUCGGAAAAAAAAGAAUAAAAAAAAAGUAGAUUAGUCGAAGUUGUUAAAAUUUAAAACAUGUAUUUGUGGAUUGAAAAUGCUCAUCU